AUGAGUAGAGGCAAUAUGUUGUAUGUUCGACAAGCACAGCCGCCCGCCGGUAGCGAGGCCCUCGGCCUCGGUUUUCUGGCGAAGAUCGGAAAGAAGAUCGCGGGUAUCUUCAAGCACAAAAAGAAAACCAAAAGCGUAGCCAAGAACGUAGCCAAGAACCAGACCAAACGUGGGUUGGAUGACUUCUAUAAGCGUUCGGAGGCGCCUUCGUUCAAAUUGGAUUAUGACCACAUCGACCACUCGGGGGAAAAUCUCAGGCGAGAGCUUACCGAGAUGUUCGAGCGGGCAGUCUUUCGUAGAGCGCUCAUGGCCCUUGACGAGCUUGACUAG